CCUCCAGCAGCAGGAGGAAAUUCAGACCGCAUCCCACCAACACCGCAUUGUGGUCCAGUCCAGGUCUAAUCCUUUAGCGUGCGUGGCGGUCUGCCGUUGAAUGCGGGAGUUAAUUGCCUCCAAAAGCUCCCGGAAUCCGCUGGUCGUGAAGGCCAAUCGACAGACCCUACGUGCUUGUAGGCUGGCUGUCUUUCGCUGGUCGCAGGUCCCUUUCGAGUCUCCAAAUUUACGAGCCUUUUCCUUCAGGCUUUCAAAUAGGCGCGUCUAAUUUCUGCAAGGGUUGUUUCGCCGGCCCGGCGCCGCAUUUUCUUUUCAAAUACGCGCUAUUCCUACUGACCCUGGACAUUCAGCAAGAAAAUUCCUUACUCCUCUAAUUUCUCGUCUCAGUCCGUCGUCGCUCUCUUCAAUCACUUCAGCGGAAAUCCGCGUCAACAUUCGCUUCCCGGUCGCUCCGACAUCCUGCAUCAUACAUCCUACAUCCCACGGCCGGCAUCCUAGAUUCUUUCCCUCCGUUCCUCCCCCACCUCAUUUCUCCUCCUCGUUUUCCUCCCCUACCACCCCUCGCGCCACUUCGGGAUUUCGCCGUUAAAUCGCAUCGUCUCCCGCCAAAUCCAGGUUUCCGAUAUUUAGGAACCGGCAACUAACCACUAUGCAGCAAGUGUCCCCCAUGCUUCACGGCGUGUGGCUCGGCGCGCAAAUGCCGGUGGGCCCACAGCAGUUGCAGCAGCAGCAGCAGCAGCAGCCGUCGCUCUCUCUGCUGCAGCAGAACGUUCCCGCCGCGGCUCCCUCCAUCGCCGGCGGCGGCGGCGGCGGCGGGGGCGGGCAGGAGGAGGUUAAGACGCUGUGGGUGGGCGACCUGCAGUACUGGAUGGACGAGAAUUACCUCUGGAACUGCUUCGCGCACACGGGCGAGGUGCAGUCGGUGAAGAUCAUCCGCAACAAGGCGACGGGGUACAGCGAGGGGUACGGGUUCGUGGAGCUGUCGUCGCACGCGGUGGCGGGCAGCGUGCUGGGCAUGUACGCCGGCACCGCCAUGCCGCAGACCGACCAGCAGCCCUUCCGCCUCAACUGGGCCAGCUUUGGCAUGAACGACCGCCGGCAAUCCGACGGCCCCGAGCACAGUGUGUUUGUGGGCGACCUGGCAGCGGACGUCACCGACCUGCUGCUCACGGAAACCUUCCGUGCGCGGUACCCCUCCGUGCGCGGCGCCAAGGUGGUGAUGGACAACACCACGGGGCGCAGCAAGGGCUAUGGUUUCGUGCGGUUCGCAGCGGUGGAGGAGAGGGAUCGUGCGCUGGGGGAGAUGAGCGGGCAGUACUGCUCCUCGCGCCCCAUGCGCAUCUCCAUCGCCACGCCCAAGAAGGCUGCUGCCUCUGCUUCUACCUCGUCUGCUGCUGCUGGCGCUUCCCCUGCCACUGCUGGCCUGCUUUCUCGAGUGCCCAUGGCACCACAGCAGGCGCAGCAGCCUCACCAGCAGCACCACCACCAUCAGCAGCAGCAGCAGCAGCAGCAGCAGCAGGGAGGGGGGCAUGGGCAUGGGGGGGUGGAAGACCCCUCCAACACCACUGUAUUUGUGGGGGGUUUGGACUCGAGCGUGAGUGAGGAUCAGCUGAGGGGAGUGUUUGGCGCCUUUGGCGAGCUGGUCUAUGUCAAGAUCCCCUUUGGCAAGGGCUGCGGCUUCGUGCAGUUCCGGCAAAGAGCGCAUGCGGAGGAGGCCAUUCGCAGCGUGCACGGGACCAUGAUCGGACAACAGGCCGUGCGCUUGUCAUGGGGACGCAACCCCAUGGGCAAGCGACCACAGCAGCAGUCGGCGGGAGGGCAGCAACAGAAGCAGCAGCAGCAGCAGCAGCAGCAGCAGCAGCAGCAGCAGUCGCAGCAACAGCAGCUGCAACAGCAGCAGCAGCAGCAGCAGCAGCAGCAGCUGUGGGGAACAGCAGCUGACCCUAACAUGGCAGCAGCGGUGGCAUGGGGGCAGCAGCAGCAGCAGCAGCAGCAACAACAGCAGCAGGUGGCAGCUGCGGCUGCUGCUGCAGGCUUCUACCCAGCUCAGUACGGCCCCCCUCCUGGGGCGUUUGACCCCAAUGCUCCAGGGUUCGAUUCCCAGGCAGCAGCAGCAGCAGCAGCAUACGGACUAGCACAAGACCCCACAGCAGCAGUAGCAGCGUACAUGGGGUAUGCGGCAACCGCGGGUUACAACAUGUACAGUGGCGCUCCUGCUGCUGCAUACGCGCACCAGACCAUGGGGGGUCAACACCCUGCCUUAUCACACCAGCACGCGCUGGCCCUGCAGCAGCAGCUGCAGAUGCAGCAGCAGCAGGUGCAGCUUCAGCAGCAGCAGCUGCUGCAGCAGCAGCAGCAGCAACAGCAGCAGGUGCAGGUGCAGCAGGGGGGCCAGCAGGCGCAGCAGGGGGGGGAGAGUCAGCUAGAAGGGGGGCAGCAGAGGGAGGAGCAGGGGCAGCAGGGAGGGCAGCAGCUAGGGCCGGGGGGGGAAGUGCUGGGGAUGCAGGCGCAAGGGGGGGAGGCGAGGCCACAGGGGGGAGGGGUGGCGUUGGAGGGGGGCAUACAAGCAAGCAGCUGAGCCAGCGGUGCACCCAGCGCAGGCGGUUGCACACAGAAGCUGCCCCCGUCCGGGUGCUAGAGACCUGUUGCGCAUUGCAGAGCAGUUUGCAUCGAAUGGUCUGCAUGGGAUGGCAGGAGAUGGAUAGUGUAGUUGUUUUGGCUAUUGAGGGCCUAGGCUUGGGAGGCAACAAGGCUAGUGGGGGUCCCAGCCGAACCCAACCCAACCCUGCUGCUGUAACAUAGAGGGGUAGACAUGCAUCAUGGACCACAGCUACAGUUUAGUUUUAGCUUGAGGAAAAACGGUUUCAUCUGUCAGGAGACAUUAGGUUGCGGACGAGGCCUUGCAAAUUGAGGCAUGCCGGGGUGCCAAGCGCCUCUUGGCUCUCAUAAUUUCAAUGGCAUGUAAUGAAGGGGAGGAAAAGAUAGAGCAUACACAUGCAACUACCAUG